GGCCAUGCUGGGUUGUGGGCUUUACGCCCGCGCAGCGGCCAGUCCUCGUGCUGCAGGCGGGGAAACUGAGGACAGGGGCGGCUGGGGCGGAGCCGGUACCCGUGGAGCCGGAGCCUCCGCCCCCGGCCGGCCCCGCCCCGGCCCGUAAGAGUUGCGCGGAGCACCAGGCGAAGGCGCACAGCGCGUCGCCGGGGCCGGGGCUGGGAGCGUGAUGGCAGCUCAGCGGCUGGGCAAGAGGGUGCUAAGCAAGCUGCAGUCUCCGUCGCGGGCCCGCGGGCCGGGGGGCAGCCCCGGGGGGCUGCAGAAACGACACGCGCGUGUCACCGUCAAGUAUGAUCGGCGGGAGCUGCAGCGGAGGCUGGACGUGGAGAAGUGGAUCGAUGGGCGCUUGGAGGAGCUGUACCGCGGCAGGGAGGCAGACAUGCCUGAUGAGGUCAACAUUGAUGAAUUGUUGGAAUUAGAGAGUGAAGAGGAGAGAAGCCAGAAAAUCCAGGGACUCCUGAGGUCGUGCACAAACCCCACAGAGGCCUUCGUCCGGGAGCUGCUGGUGAAGCUGCGAGGCCUCCACAAGCAGCCAGGCCUCCGCCAGCCCAGCCCCUCUGGUGACGGCAGCCUGAGCCCCCUCCAGGACCGGGCCCGGCCUGCACCGCCCUGACCCUCUGUCACCUCUGUGGCAACUCCUUCAAACGCCACCUCCGCAUCCCCAGUGCAGUCCUGGCUUGUUUAUAAGCUGUAUUUAAUGGUUCUGUAACAAUAACAUUGCGUGCCUGUU